AUGUCAUUAAUGACCCCAUACUGGAGCAGGGAGUGGUGAUCUUCAGAGGUUACGUAAUCGAGCGUGUAAACGCAGAAGACCCCGGUCGACACAUCCACUCUGAAGACCUGGGAGGAAGGUCAGAUGAGCAAGAGGAUCAGGAAAUCAAAGAGGUUGUUGAUCAGCUACUUAAAAUAGCUGACGACCUGAACAGUAACGUGGAGUUCCAGAGACUAAUCAAUAUGGUUCAGGGUAACUGUGCAAAGGAAGUCUUCAUGAUGGUGACCAGGAGCAUCUUUAUUGAUGGCAUCAACUGGGGUCGGGUGGUGGCUCUCUUCCAUCUUGCCUACAGACUCAUUUACAGGGCUCUAACAACCAACCAUGUUGAGAACAUCAGAAUAGUCACCAGCUGGGUUCUUCAGGUCAUCAGGGAGCUGCUUUAUCCCUGGCUAGUACAGCAGGGGGGUUGGGCGGGCGUUAUCCGAAAUUUUUCACGAUGGAGGAAUGUAGCCAUUGCAGCAUCAGUAGUUUUGGUGGCGACCUUUGUUUACUACAGGAAGACACGCUGA